AUGCGUUAUGCAGAUCAGAGUCGUGACACAUUUGCCAAGGUACACUGCCUGCCGCCCAGGAGUUUAUGGGCGCCAGUGCGAUGGAGUGUGCAGCUGCCAACCCUACGAGGACUGCGACGAUGGAGUCGUGGGCACUGGGCUUUGCACGUGCCAAGCCGGACGGGAGGCAGAAUGUGGCGAGGAGGACGAGGCGCCGGUCGGCCCCGAAGCCGGCGUGGGCGUGGGCAAGGCUGCGGACCUGGUGUUCGUCAACCGAACCCUCAGUACCUUGCGCGUGGAUGCGGAGACGAGUCGAAUGUCUCGACAGGUGUUCAACGCAUCGGUAUCUCGGGCGAGGCCACAGCCUUUCCGGGGUCCAGCACGCCUGGCCCUGGUCAAUGCAGCCGCGGCACGGCGCUUGGGGCUCGAUGCCAACGACAAGGCAGGACUGACUGCACUGUUUUCCGGUGUGGAGCUGCCGCGCCGUGCGCAGCCCUUCUGUCACGCCUACGGCGGACACCAGUUUGGCUCCUGGUCUGGGCAGCUGGGCGACGGCCGAGCCAUGUCUCUAGGGGAGGUUCUUGGCUUCGCUCCUUCGCAGGCGCCGGGCGAGGAAGAUGCUCGCUGGUGGCCAUGGGAACUGACCCUCAAAGGCCCAUCUUCUUGGAGGCCGCUGGGGUGCCUGUGGCCAGCACUGUGGCCGUGUUGGGAAGUGACUUCGAGGAGGACCGAAUCAUCCGCGACGAGUGGUACUCUGGAGAGGCUGCUUUCAAGAAGCCCGGCAUCACGGUCCGGAGCAUGCCAAGCUUUCUCCGCUUCGGCUCCCUUCAGCUCGCCGCCAAGCGACAGGGCCUCUCCGGUGUGGAGACGAUUGCCCGCUACGUGCUAGCAGCUGUAGCGCGCAUGGAGGCUCAUGAUGAUGCUGCGACCGCCUACCUGGACCAGCUGCCUGUCACUGUGCCACCAGAGUUGCGCGCGCGCUGCUUCUACGGCAAGCUGCCGGAGGCCAGCUGCGCUGCCCAGGCACAGUCGCUGCCGCGUGCAGAACUCCUCCGCUGCCUCCUCCGCCGCGUCACGGAGCGCACAGCUGCACUACUGGCGGCGUGGAUGGCAGUUGGCUUUGCGCAUGGCGUCAUGAACACAGACAACUUGAGCCUUUUGGGCAUCACCGUGGACCUGAAUGUCUUUGGCUUCCUCUCCACCUACGAUCCCACGUGGCAGCCGAACUACAUCGAUGAGACCGCCAGGUAUGCUUUCGGCGAGCAGCCAGACAUUGCGAGAUGGAACCUGCAGAGGCUGGCAGAUGCGCUGACCGGCACCUCGUUCGUCUCCGACCGCGAGCCGGAUGCGCAGCUCUGGCCCCACCGGCAGCCAGGCGAGUGGAUGGACCGUCAGGAAGCCGCCCACAUCCUCGACCGCUUCAACGAGACUUUCGAGGUCUGCCGCGUGGCUCGCAUGGAGCUUCGACUCGGCUUUCCAGCCACAGGACGGCCUUGCACUGCCGACAGCCCGGGGCCGGCCUGCCUUGAAAGCCGGUGGCGGCAGUGGCUUACCCGGGCUCGUGCGGACUAUCCACGGGCCUCACGCGGUCUUGCUGAGAUCGGCGCCGGCGACGCGGCCGCAGCCGCCGCCAAGUUGGCGUCCCAUGCAGGGGCUGAAGGGAAAGACCUCGACACUUUGACCGCGCUCCUGCGCGAGUUCCGGGCACUUCAUGGGGAGAAGGACUUCGCAGCUGCCGUUCGCGCUGCGGUGCCAUCAGUUUCCCCACGCAGCCACAUCCUGCGCGAGGCGGCUCGCGUUGUCGAGAUGGAGAAGCCAGGCGACACCGCCGCGGCUUUUCUCAGCGAAGUCCAGAGGCUGUUGGCCUCGCCCCACGAUACGAGGGCGUUGGGCCUCGACGAGCUCGAGGAUGAUCCCCGAGAGGCCUGGCGCAAUGUCAACCUGGCAGGCCCUCCGCCGCCAGACAUGCGGAGCUGCGCAAAUGAAGGCAUCACCUUGUUGAAUUCGAUCAUGCGCCGGCUACGGAUUGCAGUGAACGUGCUGUAG